CUAGCACACAGCCAACAGAGAACACUACCCUGUGGAAGGGACAGUGCUAAAAGCCAAAAGGAAAGUUAGGAAGAAUCGAUUGAUCAAACCCUUGGAAAGAGACGAUGGCAAAGAAGGUGGCAGUAAUUGGAGCUGGGGUCAGUGGCCUGAUCUCUCUGAAGUGCUGUGUGGAUGAGGGACUUGAGCCCACUUGCUUUGAGAGGACCGAAGAUAUUGGAGGGCUGUGGAGGUUCAAAGAAAAUGUGGAAGAUGGCCGAGCAAGUAUCUAUCAAUCUGUCAUCACCAACACCAGCAAAGAAAUGUCCUGUUUCAGUGACUUUCCAAUGCCUGAAGAUUUUCCAAACUUCCUACACAAUUCUAAACUUCUGGAAUAUUUCAGAAUUUUUGCCAAGAAAUUUGACCUUCUCAAAUAUAUUCAGUUCCAGACCACUGUCAUUAGUGUGAAAAAACGCCCAGAUUUUGCAUCUUCCGGCCAGUGGGAGGUUGUUACUCAGAGCAACAGCAAGGAGCAGAGUGCUGUCUUUGAUGCAGUCAUGGUCUGCAGUGGCCACCACAUCCUACCUAACAUCCCACUGAAGUCAUUUCCAGGUAUCGAGAAGUUCAAAGGUCAAUAUUUCCAUAGCCGCCAAUACAAACAUCCAGCUGGACUUGAAGGGAAACGCAUCUUGGUGAUUGGAAUAGGAAACUCGGCCUCAGAUAUCGCCGUUGAGCUGAGUAAGAAGGCUGCUCAGGUAUAUAUCAGCACCAGAAAAGGUACCUGGGUCAUGAGCCGUAUCUCUGAAGAUGGCUAUCCUUGGGACAUGGUGUUCCACACUAGGUUUAGCUCAAUGCUCCGAAAUGUUCUGCCGCGAAUGAUUGUAAAAUGGAUGAUGGAACAACAGAUGAAUCGGUGGUUCAACCAUGAAAAUUAUGGUCUUGCACCUGAAAACAAGUAUCUUAUGAAAGAACCUGUAUUAAAUGAUGACCUUCCAAGUCGUAUUCUGUAUGGAGCCAUCAAGGUGAAACGAAGAGUGAAAGAGCUCACAGAAAGUGCUGCCAUCUUUGAGGAUGGCACAGUGGAGGAAGACAUUGAUGUCAUUGUCUUUGCAACAGGAUACACAUUUGCUUUUCCUUUCCUUGAAGAGUCACUUGUUAAAACACAGGAUAAUAUGGUCUCACUGUACAAAUACAUGUUCCCUCCUCAACUGGAGAAGUCAACCCUUGCAUGCCUUGGUCUCAUCCAGCCCCUAGGUUCCAUUUUCCCAACUGUGGAACUUCAAGCUCGUUGGGCAACAAGAGUUUUCAAAGGCUUGUGUAGCUUACCUUCAAAGGAGACUAUGAUGGCAGACAUUAUCAAGAGGAAUGAAAACAGAAUUGCCCUGUUUGGAGAGAGCCUGAGCCAGAAACUGCAGACCAAUUACGUCGACUACUUGGAUGAACUCGCCUUAGAGAUAGGUGCAAAGCCAGACUUAGUCUCAUUCUUGUUCAAAGAUCCUAAACUGGCUGUGAAACUCUAUUUCGGGCCCUGCAAUUCCUACCAGUAUCGCCUGGUUGGGCCUGGACAAUGGGAGGGAGCCAGGAAUGCCAUCUUCACCCAGAAGCAGAGAAUACUGAAGCCUUUAAAGACUCGGACCCUAAAAGCUUCAUCUAACUUCCCUGUUUCCUUCUUGUUGAAAUUCCUGGGCCUUUUUGCUCUAGUCCUGGCCUUUUUGUUCCAGCUUCAAUGGUUCUAAUCUGUUGGCGUAACACUUUUGGCGUUAUUAUCUUGUCAAUCAGUACUGCUUUUGAAAACAAAGAUUAAAAUAAUUUUAAAUCUAUAUCCUAAAUUAUGGAAUUGAGAGGAGCAAAUGAAUGGAAUAAUUAUGGAGAGUUAGCAGAAUUGGGUCUUUAUAUCAAACCAAAAUUAUGCUAUGAAAUUUCUUAUCCUGGCUCAGGUAGAUCGGAUGGCCAGGCCUGACAUGGAAGACAUAUGUGGAAAAUAUAGUGGAAUUACACAAAUUAAAAAGAAGGUGAUUGGCUUAAGCUGUUGGACAACUACAUUUGUGGUUAAUAUUUAAGACUCCUGCCUAGUUUUCCUGGUGGUCUUCCUACUAGGGUCAGACAUUAGGUCGCACUCCAUUUGCUUGGUAGGAGAUCAUUUAAGAAUAUUGCAGGAAAAAAUGAGAAGAUGGAUUUGGAAACAAUGGCAAUGCUCAGACAGACUUUUAUGGCCUCAUACUGAAAGCUGAACUAAUAGCCACAUUUCUUAUAUUUUUACAGAAACACUGCUGGAAAAAUUAAAAUAAAUAUGCCAUAAUAGUAAGUUAAUAAAUACAUAGAUUUAGUGCUUCACAUA